UCUGGCUUCGGCUGCUCUUGCUCCAGUUUAGUCAGCCGCGCGGUCUGCGGCGGCCGUGCGUUGUCGGUGUUCUUCGUGUGGUGCGGUGUUGUGUGCUCCUCCCGACAGGAGAGCUCUCUUUCACGUGAACACCUCGUGUGUGUUUUUUUGCUCCAGCCUCCGCAGGUUUCGGCGGGGUUGUGAUUGCGCUGCUUGCUGCGAAAGACUGCUAAAAAAAGGAAACCGCCGCGAUCGGCAAGAACAAGAUCUUUGCGCAUGCCGUGACAGCGAGAUUUUUCGUCGUCUGCUUCGAGCAAACGUGAAGAAACAAGCCGGAUCCGUCUGGUUUCUGCGAUCGUCUGCUACGGGUCUUCCGAGCUUUCCGGGUUGUUUCUCGGUUAGGUGGUCAUGGCACGCGGCGACCAGCCCCGAGAAAAGAAGCGGACUUUCCUGCCGUUCCGCUGGCUCAUGUCUCGGUCCAGGGACAAGAAACCCGCCGCAUCGGUCGUGCCCGCCAACGGCAACGGCGCCCCGACCAUACCAAAGUCCCACACCUACUCCGGAGGCACGGCGACGUGCCCCAGGGGUACGCAGCGGUCGCUCAGCGUCUGCGAGAUGGGCAACAAUGGUGGCACCGGAGGCGACGUGGUGGGCAGUCAGCGCCCUCUCCUGGCGCUGUGCAGACUCUGCCUGGCCAUCGUGCCGUCGCCCGCUCUCUACAGGGUGGCUGGCUGCGGGUGCUACUUCUGCCUCCAGUGCACCCAACAGUACCUGACAUACAGUAUUCGUGAGGGAAAUGUGGUUCUCCCGUGUCCCGACGGCAAGUGUCCCAGCGGAGGCACCUUUGACUCAUCUGAGGUUGAAAAACUCGUCGAGAAGGACGUCUUGGAGCUGUACCUACGUUGCAAGUUGAACAGAGACGUAGAACUCGACCCCUAUCAGACCUGGUGCCCGAGCCCCGGUUGCGAGAGUAUCUGCAGCGUCAUGCCUGCUCCUAAGAAGUGCCAGGCUUCGCCCGUGCACUGCUCCAAGUGCAAGCUGACCUUCUGCUCCUCGUGCAAAGAACGGUGGCACGCGUACCAGUCGUGUGACGAGUUCCGCAAGCAGCUCUCCGACGACGAAGCUCCAGGCCUGCCCGGCGAGGAGUGCGGCCUGAUCAAGCGCUGCCCGCACUGCCGGGUCCCCAUCGAGCGUGACGAAGGCUGCGCCCAGAUGAUGUGCAAGCGCUGCAGUCAUGUCUUCUGCUGGUACUGCCUUGCCUCCCUGGACGACGACUUUUUGCUGCGUCACUAUGACAAAGGGCCCUGCAAGAACAAACUGGGACACUCCAGAGCGUCGGUUGUCUGGCACAGAACUCAGGUGGUGGGGAUGUUUGCCGGAUUCGGGUUCCUGCUCCUCCUGGCCUCGCCGCUGCUACUCCUUGCAGCACCGUGCCUGCUGUGCUGCCGGUGCCACACCUGCCACCGCUGCCUCGACCCAGAGCCCACAACCCUCUGAAUGGGAGUCCAAGCCCCACCUUCUCUCGAAGAGGAAACCCUCAAACACUCGUCCGUCCCUGGUCGCUGCUGCGUCGCUUCACCAACUCAUUGGCGCAGCCAGCACAUCCCUCAAGUCUCAUUUGUGAAGCCGGACGCUUUAACCGCAAGAGCGUGGCGACACCGUCUUGCGCAUCGGAGUCACCGAGACGUCCUCAGAGUGUGGUGUGCCACGACGAUAGCGUGCGGUCAUCUUGUCACCGGUUGGAGUGAAUGUGCAAACCCACGACCACCCGCACAAUGGGAGGCGUGUCUAUUUAUUGCAUCGUUUUUGUUGUCAGCCGUUCGCACUUCGUUUGCUUCUGGGCGGUUUUAAGAAUGGAUGCGCGUGUUCAUGCAGACGCAGUAGGCGGUAUAAGUCCGAGAGCUCGGUACUCUGCAAGUGUUCGUCGACUCUAGGCACUACACCGCUGUCCCUGUUUUAGUCUUGACAAGACUCGUAGAGCUGGUCAGUGGCUGUGCAGUUCCGAAUGGUGUUGAGAUGGUACUCGCUUAUUUAGGCUUAAACAUCAUUCCUAGAUAGGGCACACCUGUCAAGUAGCUUCUUGAAAUGAUCAAACUCGUAGGAAAAAGCAUAGCUCCAAAUUUUAUUUUUACCCAGUUGAUACAUUGUUCGGGAGAACUACGCUUGUUGAGUUUCUGCAUUUGUUGGCUCCAGGGGAACUGCAUGGUUCCAAGUGUCCCGCCUUGAGACGACCGUGCUUCUUAUAAGCAAGUUUAUGCCAAAUUUAUUUUACGACACAUAAUGUCAGAUUUAUCCAGUCUCUCAAUGUACAUGUGCACUUUGUGAGUACUUCGGAGCACAUGGGUACCACGAGCAGUCCAAAUACCGUGGGAAUAUGUUUGUUGAGAUUAUUGCGAGAUCUUCCUUUUAAACAGAAUAGGCCCUCUUUUAAUGGUUACAAUGGGCGUUGUUAGCUCGUGAACUUUGGAACAUUUAGAGUUUGGAACCAAGUUCGCGAUUCUGUUUUCGCACUGAUAAGACGGCUUGCCGAGACAUAGUCCAAGUUGCCACAAAUAUUUGCCGCGUCAUAUUACGCAGUUUCAAAGAGGCAGGAUACGAAAAUUGAGCGGGUAGCACGGCCUGUAUAAUGUUGUUGCUCAUUAGCGCAUGCGGUGAUGCAAGCAUGCUUAGCAGUAUGUCUGUGCAUGGUUUUGCGAGCGACUAAAUCAUGACUUCAGACUGUUUCCCCCCCUUAUCCUUGGCGCCGCUUCUAAAGCCUCCAGUCAACCCUUCAUAGUACUAGAACAAAUAAGAAUACUAAAAACUAGAAUCCUCACUAUUUGUUCAGCUUGCUAAAAGCGAUAAUAGCAGGACGCAAGGGUCUGCCACGUGGAGGCUUCGUGAGCCAGCAGUCUUACGAGUUUUCAGAAACAAUUCGGUGCUAUGCAGUACUUAGUAAAGCGUUACCUAGCAUACUCAAUUCAGGUCAUAGCAUAGAUGCAGCAUUUGUCCUUUCAAAUGCAAUCCACACACCAUUUUAACAAGUGUGGCUGCAGUAGAGGCUGGGUGUAAAAUAUCGGCACCUAUGGAAAGCGUUGUUGCAGUGUUUUGUCGACACGACUGAUGCAAUGAUGGGUCGCAGCUCGUAGCUUUUGGCUGCGACCCCAAGUUCAACCUCAUUCUUUCAGUCAUUCAAAUCCACUUUACCAUCCGUGUCACGCAGCGUGCCGUUGACAGAGUUGUACAAUGUGCAAACGUGGCAGCACUUGUACUUCAUGUGUUCGAGCGACGCCUGUAAAUAUCCGAGCAAUGUACAUAGUAGCCGUGCAUUGAGACUUUGCCACGGGUGUUUAGUAGAAUCAUCAAAAUGCUCGGGACUUCACUCUUCACCUGUCCUCUGUGAUAGCCCCCCCCUUCUUUUAAAUAUUAUUUUGUACACGCUUAUUUGUGGAACUGGGGAAUUGAACAUAGACCAUAGACUGUUCUGAAGGACUACUUUGCCUCCGAAACUGCCUAUGUUCUUCAGUGUGCUCCUUUGAACAAAGGCUGGAACCCUGCGACUUGUUUUAGCUUGGAUUUCCAUAUCCUUAUGCAAGGCUAAAGACUAGAAACAAACAAAAAAAAUCCAAUGGUCACCCCAAGUUUUAGCUGCGCAUAAGGGUAGGACACGAUAGAACUGCCAAACAUGCUGGUGCAAGUCACCGCUGAAUAUUUGCCAUCAUUAGGCUAGAAGAUGUGUACAGUGUGUCCCCGAAAAUAAAGGUUGCUGUGGAUUUUAUUAUUGCACAAGCAAACUAUAUUUUGCCAUAGUUUACUUUUUUCAAUUAUAACUUUUGAAUAAGGCAACAGUCAUUUCUGAAGCUCUAACAUCCGGUCUAGAUUGCUAGCGUCACAUUUGGGCAGAGGCUGAGCAUUUGGUAAUGCAGAAGUAAUUUUUGCACUGAAAAAAAAAAAAAAAAAACACUUGGGUAAUCUUCUUUUUUGGGGACACGUGCUGUACAGCAAACAACUCGCUUGGUCCCCGUCUUGUUAAAGACAGGAUGCAUCUCAGCUUGUACAGCAUCAAAGUAACAUCACGCAGCUCAUACCAGCAAUGCAGUGCAGCUCAGCACUUGGUGCACAGAGGAGGAAACAAAGAAAAGAAAAAGCCAAUGACCAGUUAUCAAGUCAUAUAACCUAGCAAUGAUGCCCGCAGAAAACGCUAAACUUCAUGCACCCGUGGAUUGCGAGAAAUCUUGGACAGGGCGUUGUUCAUGGCAAAGGUUUCUAAAGAGUUCCCGAGACAGUGUGAAUAAAAUCAAACAAGCACAUUGGAUACUGCACACAAUCUAGUCUAUCGAACUAGUCUCUUGAGGGACUUGGCAAAAACUUCACGUUGAAUAAAAUAGUGCUGUCCUCUCUA